CUUCAAUGGCGACUGCAUUGCAAGCGGUGGUUCUUCCUCAGGAGUGAGCGGCCGUCAUCCUCUCUCCCAUGUCAGGCACGUUGGUCGCGUUUCAUCGUUGUGAGCUCUGCUGAAACACGUUGCUUCAGCGGCAGCUACUUUUCUGAAGUGUUGGCGGGAGGGUGGGGCGCCCUUGUAUAUCCUCAGAAGCUCGUGUUUGGAUUGCAGAAAGAAGUUCUGCAGGCUAGUGAAACCCGUUGUGACACAUCGUUAAGAAAACAACACCAUGGCUCUGGAGGCAGCGGUUGGCUCCUCUGCCACCACCGUCCUGAACCUGGCAUCAUGUUCCGCUUCUAGUUCUUCAGCACACAGCUCCCUUCGUCAGCCACGCACAGCCCCCCAGUAUGUCCCUCAAAGUAGAAACCUUAUUGCGCCAGGUUCUGGUGCACUAGGCAGGUGUUUAGCAGGGUUUAGCAAACCGCUCGCUCGGAGGCGAAUGGCCUGCAGGGGUCAGGAGUACACUGUGGAGAUUGAGAAGGGGAGUGAAACAUACAAGCUGCACAUUGACGAAGACUCUUACAUUUUGGAAGCGGCCAUUGAUGCGGGGCUUGACCUUCCGCAUGACUGCAAGCUAGGGGUUUGCAUGACAUGUCCGGCAAAACUGCUGUCUGGACAGGUUGACCAGUCGGAGGGCAUGUUGAGCGACGACGUGCAAGAAAAAGGUUUUGCCCUCAUGUGCAUCUCCAAACCUCUCUCAGAUUGCAAAAUUCUCUGCAUCGAGGAAGAGGAGCUUUUAGGCCAGAUGAUGCAUUCUGGCGAGUUGUAGGAAGGCGGCCGGAAUGUCAGAAACGAACAUUUGAGAAAAUAGUUUCUCGACAUGUUGCCAUGUAACUUUGGGGUUGCGAGGAUAUGGGUUUGUCUUCACAGUUUUGCCCAAGACACUUGAUGUCACAAGUUCCUGAGAAACAGUUGGUUGGUAAACCUUGAAAGAAUGCCCUGGUACUGAAAGGUGACUCCCAGAUCAGCAUUGAUUAUGGGAUCAUGCUUGGCUCAGCAUGUGCUUGGCCACGUGUUAAGCACUGGACUUAGGCGGCCCCGCUAUAGAUUCAUAAUAUAUUUAAUCCAUACACUAGCGGCUCACUGC